CUUUUUCUAAUGUCAUCACUUAUUCCACCAUCACCAAGUCGUAGAAGAAGAUAUGAAGCAUUAAAACAGAUAUCUUGGACACUGGACAACGCAGAAAACCGCGUAGCUCAAUUUGAUACGCCAGGAACGGAUGAGACAGCAAGUGAAGACGAUAUGAUUGUCGAGUAUGAAUUAGUAGACGACCAAAAUUAUAUAGCUUACCAGGAACUUGAGGAGGAUGAGGAUAUGCAGAUGACACGGGAAAUUAAAGACGAUGAUGUUGAUAUGCAACUAACACAAGAAAUUACAUAUAAUAAACCUGUCAAAGAUGCUGUAAUACAAGAAACAACAACCACAAAAGAUAAACCUAGCCUAGAAGACUCUGAACAAACCACCUUGGCAGACUUUUUGGAAAUGGCAGGAAUAACAUUUCCAAGACAGAUACCCCUUAACGACAUUGUGCCUAUAUCGAUAGUGGACGUUGAUUAUGAAUCACCAACCAUUGCUGAGCAAGCGGCGGCGGCAGCAUUUACACUUCCUCAAAUUGAUAUGUAUGAUUCUAUAUCCAAAGAAAUACAUUCUUUAAUUGAUACAAGUCAAGACGUUAUACAGAAAGUGGAAGAUCGAGUGAAUAGGACCAGCACAGAGUUCUUCUCAGACUACUUACGUGCAAAUGCUAGUACAAGAAUAACCAUGGAGCCAGAAUAUAGAUUGACCAAACAAUAUGCUGAACUCAAAUCACUAGAGCGAUGGUAUGAGUGGUGUGUAAAUAUAUUUGUGGAACAUUUUGGAACACUUAAAGGUCAUAUAAACACAUUGACUCAGGACAGACAAACGCUAGCAUCCUUGGAAGACGAACUACGCGGGCAAUUACCAAAAAUAGUCGAAUAUCAGCAAGGAAUAUCUCAAUUACUUGCAGAAGCACACGAAAUAGAAAAAGAGUAUCGUAGGUUUGACCAUAAAAAACUAUCUAGAAUGAGAGAUGAAAUUGAGCAUCAACGUCAAACUAUCGAGCUGUUUAAUAAAGAUCUGGAAAAUCUGGGAGCAGAAGAAGCUGAGCUUUUUGAAAGAAUAGACAUGUUGGAGCAUCGCAAGUCGAGACUGAUAAAGGAUAUUUUAGAUGCAAGGGAAAUAACUAGCGUGAAUCAUAUAAUUACAGAAAAUGAUCUAAGUCAAGUUCGUCAACAUUACGAAAGGAGCUGUAAUGUUGGAGGCUUAAGGUUAUUAAAAGAUAAUGAAGAUGACGAUACAUUAGAGAUACUUGUUACGAAAUGCCUUGUGUUGACAAUUCAUCGUAAUGACCUAAAAGAGAGAAAAGAGGAUGCAGUACUGUUUCAUAUCAAGAACAACAAAAUUAAUGGGUAUGAGUACAUUGCACACUUUAGGCGUGGUCUAUCUGCUAUUGUGAAAAGUAACCAAGACACAAACCGAAUCAUUCAGGAAAUUACAAUGUAUUGGAACAGAGUUCAAAUGCUUGUUGAUGUGCUGAAAGAGACAGAAUUACGGUUCGCCACAACGAUUUAUCCUAUUGAAGCAAAUGAAGAUAUUGAAUCGGGUAUUAGCUGUAGCAUAGAUGUAGCAAGCAAAAAAAGAAGACAAAAGAUAGCAAUAAAAUUCGACAUAAGAGUGAGGGAUAUACUACAGUUUCCGUUCAUCGAUGACUCUUCAAUUCAAGUAAAAGUCUGUUUUAAUCCUCUGAUGGAAAAUGAGAUUGAAGGACGAUUUAAAGAAUAUUUGAAUGAAAAUGGAAUAUUAGAUUUAGUGGAUGGUAUUACGUCUUUACUGUAACAAACUGCUUUGUUUGACAGAAUUUGUCAAAGUCAUUAGCUUAUUUAAUGUUGAUUGAUUAUCCUUUUUAUGUAAUGCCUUCUCUUUCUCGGAUUUAAGCUUCAGUGCUUCUAUCCUUUGUCGAUGAUAGUCGCAAAUAUCAUCU